AUCACGUGUGCCGGUGGGCAUCUUCUUGUCUGAAGCGGACGGACUCAAAUACUCUGAAGCGUUUUGUAGCAUAAAUUGUGUGUUUACGCCAGCGUGCCUUUGUGUCUGCGGUCAGGCAGUUCAUUAUUUAUUCAAUAUGCAAAUAUUCGCCCAGUGUCUAUAUUUUUCCUCUUCCUGCGCUGACGUCCUCCUCCGCAGCAUGUAACGGACCAGAAAGUGAAACCAUCAUGGCUCACUGCGAAGGCUUUGUAGUAGGUAGCAUCAAAACGUACGGCCGCGGCUCUUCCGACCGUCCCCGGCGAAGAGAAGGCAACGCGGACUAGUGCAGUUGCCAGGGAAGGAAAGCGCGAACAAGGGGGCAGAGAUGCCAGCGCGCGGCUGCCACACGGACUGCGUGGAGCGGCCCCUGUCGCGGGCGCUGCGGGCCCUCGGCGCCUUGGUGGGCGCCCACCCGUGGCCCUUCCUGCUGCUGCCCUUGGCGCUCUCGGCCGCGCUGGGCGCCGGCUUCGUCUUUCUGAAAGGUCUCGAGGCCAACGAUAUCGAAGGCCAGUUCACGCCGCGAGGGGGCCCGGCCAAGAGCGAGCGCCGCUUCGUCCAGGAGCAUUUCCCGACCAACGACGGCGAGCACUUCUCCGCCCAGAGGCUGACGGGCGAGGGCACCUUCGUCUCCUUCCUGGCCGUGGCCGCCCCCGGAGACUCGCUCCUCACCGCGCAGGCUUUCGCCGAGCUGCAGAAGCUGGACGCGGCGGUGCGGGGGCUGCAGGCGGGCGGGCUCUCCUUCGCCCAGCUCUGCGCCCGCAGCAGCAAAAAGUGUCUCAGCCCCAACCCGCUCCUCAGCAUCGCGCAGAGCUCCCCGGGGGGCAUCGAGGCGAUGCUGCCCCGCCUCACCUUCCCGCUCUUCCAGGGCCGGGUUUUCCUGGCCCCUUUCCUGGGGGGCGUCAAGCUGCGCCCGGGAGAUGAGCAGGCGCGCCCCGUCGAGGCCGCCAAAGCGCUGCGCCUUGUCUAUUAUUUGCAGGAGGACGACGCUGGGCUGCGGGAGAAAAGCAAUCGCUGGGUGGAGACUUUCCUGGAGCGCAUCCCGGACCUGCUGGCCUCCUUGAACCUCAGCUCCUUUCGGGUGGCUUAUUUUACUUCACUGUCCAGACAAGAAGAGUUUGAAAAAAAUACCAAAGAAGUUGUCCCUCUGUUUUCCAUCACAUAUUUUUUAACAAUAUUCUUUUCAAUUAUGUCAUGUUCAAGGCUAGACUGUGUACGGACAAAAGUGUGGGUUGCAGCAUUUGGAGUGCUGUCGGCGGGCCUAUCCGUGCUUAGCAGUUUUGGAUUAUUGUUUUUUUGUGGGGUGCCAUUUGUUGUCACAGCUGCAAAUGCCCCAUUUCUUAUACUUGGAGUUGGUGUUGAUGACAUGUUCAUCAUGGUGUCCUGCUGGCAGCAGACUAAAGUGAAGGACAAAAUUGAAGUUCGGAUGGCUGACACUUACGCAGAGGCAGCUGUGUCUGUUACCAUCACAACUCUGACCGAUGUUUUGGCAUUCUACAUUGGGAUGGCAACUUCCUUCCCAUCAGUACAAUCAUUUUGCAUCUAUACAGGAACCGCCCUCGUCUUCUGCUACCUCUAUAACCUGACAUUCUUUGGAGCUGUUCUAGCUCUAAAUGGUAAAAGAGAAGAAAGCAACAGACAUUGGCUCACAUUUAUGAAGGUGGAAGAUGAGAUUCAGUCUUCUUGCAGCCACACUUAUAAUAUCUGCUGUGUCGGAGGAUCUUUUGAUGCAUCCACUGGAGCAGAGACUGAACAUCCCAUGAAUGGGUUCUUUAGAAAACAUUAUGGUCCUUUCCUUAUGCACACUGGCACAAAGGUGUUUGUGGUAGUCCUGUACCUCUUGUACCUGGGUAGUAGUAUUUAUGGGUGCACACGGCUUAAAGAAGGUAUCGAUCUUCGAAAUCUAGCUAGAGAUGGUUCUUAUGUCAUUCAGUAUUAUGACUGGGAAGAUGAAUAUUUUUCUGAGUAUGGGCCAAGGAUUAUGGUGGUGGUUACAGAAAGCAUACCAUAUUGGAAUUCCUCUCUUCGGGCAGACCUUGAGGAGUGCAUAGAGUUGCUAGAAAACUCCUCCUAUGUGGACAAGAAAUUUUCAGACUCAUGGUUGAAAACGUAUGAAACUAUAGCUAAAAACAUGUCCCUAAACAUAGAUGACUUUAAUGUGUUCAUUGAUAACUUACCUGUCCUGUUUCGAGUAAAUCCAGAGUCUCGGUGGGAUGUUAAUGUAUCAGCUUCGCGUUUUUAUGUACAGACAGUCAAUGUCACUACUGCAGUUGACGAGAGUAAUCUUUUAAACCAGCUGAGAGGCCUGGCUGAAGACUGCAAGAUCCCACUUAUAGUUUAUCAUCCAGCUUUUAUAUACUUUGAUCAGUAUCUUGUGAUAGUUCAGAACACCAUUCAAAACGUUGCAAUUGCUUCUGGAGCCAUGUUACUUAUUUCCUUGCUGCUCAUUCCCAGUCCUCUGUGCUCUCUAUGGGUAACCUUUGCUAUCGCCUCUGUUAUUGUCGGAGUAACUGGUUUUAUGGUCUACUGGGAUGUUAAUCUUGACUCCAUAUCCAUGAUCAAUCUUGUUAUUUGCAUAGGGUUCUCGGUAGAUUUCUCCGCUCAUAUCUCUUAUGCUUUUGUGGCCAGUGAGAAGCCCAAAGUGAAUGAGAGGGCAAUAGAUGCUCUAUACCGACUUGGUUACCCUGUUGUACAAGGAGCAGUUUCUACCAUCUUAGGGGUGCUAGUUCUGGCUGGGGCAACCGCUUACAUCUUCAGAACCUUUUUUAAGAUAAUGUUCCUAGUUAUCUUGUUUGGGGCUGCUCAUGGUCUCAUUUUUAUUCCUGUGUUUUUAACCUUCUUUGGCUGUUGUAGUCAAUCGCCAAAUACUCAGUCUCAAAACUAUGCGCAGUGUUAUGAAAACUCAGCCCUUGCGGGAAGAAGCAGUAUGAAACUGACUCCGAUAAAUACAGUAAAACCUCAAGUCUCUCAGUUUGCAGCUGAUCACGAUGAUUGCCCAUAAAGUCUACCUUAUGUUCAGUCCUACCUUACAUGCCAUAAUCACAUUAAUUUUAAUUAGUUCUGAAAGGUAAAAGUGCCUUGAGAUGUAGGAUGCCUCUUUCUAAUUUACUGUCUGAGGUUUAUUAGAAGACUCCCUAAAGGCAUGUGUUCUUGUUCUGUUACACAUUUUAUGCUUUUCUUCAUGGUGCAGUUCACUGAGCACUUAAGUAGGAUGGGGUGCAGGUUGUUCAGAUGCCUAUUUAAAACUAUUCUGUUUUAACAAAAUGCUCUGCGAAUAGCCUUCUAACCUUACCUGAAGCACCACACUAUUACAGAAAGUGGCAGUACCUUUUUCUGCUUUUAGAGAUGGGAUGACAUUUUUUUAGGGAGGGGUAAAAAAAAUGGGGGGAGGGCAGGGAUUUUAACCCUGCUGGGGGAAAACUUCCAUUGCAAUUUAUUCCAAACCAACCCAAGAUCUAUAUCUGGGCUGAUCCUUGAAAUAGAUUGCAAUGACUUGUCUGCCCUUCCUUACCAGUCCUUCUCCUUUUACAAUGUUCAAAAGGAAAAAGCUUACCAUGGUGAUGGCAGGGGCAAAGUCCUUGAGCCAGUCUCACUAGGCAGGAAGAUCUCUCUCUUCUGAUCCAUGCUCAUCUGCUGAAGUAGAAACGAAGCUUCUGAGCAUACUUAAACAUACCAGUUUUCCACUUGAGCAUCCAGGCAGGAGCACAACAGAGACCUGCUCUUUCUUUCCCUCUCUUUUUUAUAUACAUAUACUCCCCAAGAUAAGAGUUUUGCACUUUUUAAACUUUGGCAUGGGAUGGGGAUGAUAAUUGGGAGCAGGGGUUGCAAGCUCACAAAAGCCCUAGAAUUUUUGUAAUUACUUAAAAAGAUUACUUCCAUCCCCACCCAAAAGAACCCUGAUGUUUGUCAAGGUGGACUUGUAGACAUUCAUCAUCCAUCUCUAACUAGCUUUGACCAACACUCUAAAUAGAAAAUGUCCUGUAUCAGAUUUCAACAAAUAGGACACAAGCUUUCUUUAAAAUAAAUAUUCUAAGAUUGACUUCAACAGAAGAGUAAUGUAUAAGAUGAAACAUAAUAGCUGCUGCAACUAACCAAAUUUAGCAAGCCUUAAUCUCAUUCUGGUAUUCCAGGGAGACUAGUACACCUGUAUAUCAGGGGAGAUUCUGCUAACUAUUUAGGUUGUAAAGCAGCAGGCACUCCCCAUCUGGUUUAAAUUGCACUGUUACAACUUCAGGGGUUUCUUAUAUGGAGCCAGCUGCUGUGAAUGCAAAUAUGUCAUGGCCCUUGUUUCUGAUAUUCCUUAGUCUGAGGAUGCAAUCCUAUAUAUGCUUAUGAAUAAGCCCCAUUGAAGUCAGUGUUAGUUCACUAAAUAAAUAAGUUUGUUUGGGUUAAACAUGAGUAGGAUUGGGCUAAAAAGCAGAUGGGAAUGCGAUGGAAGAAGCUUUAAUCACUGGGCAUCUUCAAGCUUGCCUAUUAAAUUUUGUGAGAAAUGGCCUUAUCUUUUCCGAAAGUGCCUUUGAAAUAAUUUUGAUGGAGGCAUUUAUAUGUAUUGCUGUUUUCUAAGAAAAUCCAAGCAAUACAGAUAUGCAGUGAUUCCCUGGUAGCAUACUUUUUAGCCUCUACGGUUGAAAUAAGCCAAAUAUUUUGUGAUGUUAGCCCUGCAAGUGAUACGGAAUUGUAAUUUUGCCUUAUGCUAGCCUUUCUGAGAGCUGUGCAAAAUAUUAUUUUGGUCUGGAACCCUAUUUGUGUAAAAUAAUUUAGAAAGAUAUUACAAAAUCAGUGUUUUCUGAUGAAGACAGCUGUUCUGAAUGGGAGAUUGUUUUUAUACAGUAUUUUCAACUAAGUAUAAAUGUGAACGUAAUCAAAUUGAAUAUUUUGAGCAUUAUGUAUUCCCUGAAGUGACUGAAAUAAUUAAACCUCAAGUUUAUUGAAAUGAAAUCUAUAGAGCUGUGUCCUAAGAAAGUGAGUCAUCACUAAAGCCCUAUUCAGACUUUAUUUUCAGUACACAUAUGGGACACUUCCUAUCUGUACCUGCAUUUGAGAAGGGCCUGUACCCAGGUUCACUUUUAAAAUGAAUGCAUGUACAGUCACACACACACACACCUGUACACACAUUCAGCAAAGGGCUUAAACUCCAUUGAAUAAUGGGACUUCUUAGUCAUGACUAACUUGACUCGCUUAUUUCAAUUGUGCUUCGUCAUCUCUUUCUUAGGAUACCACCUCAGUUACCCAAAUUAACAGCCUUGUGAUUUCUGAGAAAUGAUGCCUUUCCGGUACUGUAAUGCUGCUAUUAGCAAAAACUAUUCAAGAAAUGGUUAAUUUUAAGUUGACACAAAGAGACCAUUCUCAUGAUUGAGUGAGAGGGCUUGAGGGCAGGCAGCAGGAGCUCGCCUUCCCCGCAGACGAGCAGUGUGAAGUUGCUGGGUGCAUGGAUCGUGUGCCCAGAUAGUCCAUGGCUACUACAGGUAGUGCAGGGGUCAGGAUGCAUCGUCCCAGCCCCCGGAAACCCCACAAUGCAUCACGCAUUGUGAUGAUCCCCCCACCCCCCAGCAAAGGGUGGGUGCCAGUCAGUGUUUCAGCACUGGCUGAAAGCAGCAGGUGCUGACAGACAAUCAGUUCAAUGGGGCUGAGGGAGCACUUGCUCCCUUGACCUCACUUAAGAGGCAGACUCCUUAGGCAGGUUUGCACCUGGGAGACAGUUGGCUCCCGGCGGUUCCCACGGGCAGCCAAGCCUGGGCUUAGCUGCCCUAGCCCAGUCUUGGCUGCUCGUGAGAAUAGCCUCAAGGUCUAGUUGUUAGAUGAGGUUAAGGCACUUUGACACUUUAAUAGUCUGAGUUAGAGAAACAGCAACUUAUUUUUGUUAACAUCUAUGUAGUGGCAAGCAACUCCAAACAUUGCUUUGGUACAAACCAGCAGGAAUUGGAAGCAAUUUUAAAUUAACUCUAGCUUUAGUAAUCCUUAAGAGUUGCUCUGAAUGACUGCUUAAUUUCAUUAGAACUCUUGAGUAAUUUAGCCAGUAUGUCAGCCACUGUUACUGUGUAGCUAAGUAAUUUUGAUGGCUGUAUUGAAAGUCUUAAAGUGGGGGUGGGCUGCAAUCCAGAUUUGAAAAUAUAUUUUCAAAUAUAAGAUCAUGCAACAGCCCCGCCUCAAGGGUCGGGGAGGGGGCGUUGCAGUUAUCUAUCGAGAGAUCCUUCCCAUUUCCAGGGGCCCAGUCAGGCGGUCUCAGAAUUUUGAGUGUUUGUCCUUGAGGGUGGGCCUCCGAGAUAGGCUGAGGAUUCUGCUGGUGUACCGACCACCUCGCUGCACUUCAGUCUCCCUACCGGAGCUGUCGGGGGUGGUCUCGGAGGUGGCCUUGGGUUCCCCCAAGCUUAUUGUUAUUGAGGAUUUCAAUGUCCAUGCUGAGGCCCCCCUAGUGGGUGCGGCUCAGGAUUUCAAGGCCUCCAUGGCAACCAUGGGCCUGUCUCAGUUGGUAUCAGGCCCUACCCACAUGGCAGGACAUACUAUGGAUCUGGUUUUUGCCGACCGGGAAAUAAAUGAUCUGGAGGUGGAGGAAUUUGAGACAACUCCCUUGUCAUGGACAGAUCAACAUCUGGUGGAGUUUAGUUUGACUGCUCUGUCUGCCCUCUGCAGGGGCGAUGUACUGAUUAGAAUGGUCCACCCCCAGAGGCUUAUGGAUCCGUUUGGAUUCCAGACGGCCCCCGGGGAGUUUCCAGUGUUCAGAGCUGGUGACCCUGUCGAGGCCCUGGUUGAUCUCUGAAAUGAAGAGAUGGCCUAGGCUGUUGACAUGGUUGCUCCUAAACACCCUCUCCGGCUUGGUGGAGCCCGAUCUGCUCCUUGGUUUUUCUUGGAGAUUAGGGCGAUGAAACAACUUGGGCGACGGCUGGAACAACGCUGGAGGAAGAGUUGUGAUGAAUAUGACCAAAUACUGGCUAGAGCCCAUUUUAGGGACUACUCUGUGGUGGUGGGGGCAGCGCCCCCACCGCCUCCAUUGCCUCUGCUCCGCCUUUUUCUCCGCCUCCAUUGCAUCUGCUCAGUGCAGACCGGCAGAGCUGUUCCGUGUAGCAAAUAUAUUGCUGCACACAUCCCCCUAGGUAAUGGGGGAGGAAUUAUCUACAAGCCCACUGUGAUCAGUUUGUGUGUCACUUUGCGGAUAAAGUCGCUCGCAUCCAUGCCGAUUUGAACUCCAGAGUUUUGGCAGUUCUGGCAGACGUGCCUCUGGUACCAUCUGGUACCAUUGUGUUGGAUUAUUUUCAGUUGGUGAGGCCUGAGGAUGUGGACAAGAUCCUGGGCAGUGUGCGGGCGACAUCGUGUGCUCUUGACCCUUGCCCUUCAUGGCUAAUAAAAGCUGCCAGGGAGGGUACAGGUAGAUGGUUGGAGGCGAUUAUUAAUGCCUCAUUAAGGGAGAGCAGGAUGCCAUUGUGCCUCAAGGAGGCGAUGGUAAGACCAUUAUUUUAAAAAGCCCUCACUUGAUCCCUCCAACCUGGACAACUAUAGACCGGUCUCUAACUUGCCCUUUUUGGGCAAGGUGAUAGAGCGUGUGGUGGCGUCCCAGCUGCAGAGGGUCUUGGAUGAUACGGAUUAUCUGGACCCUUUUCAGUCUGGCUUCCGCCCCAGAUAUGGGACUGAGACUGCCUUGGUUGCUCUAGUGGAUGACCUAUGCCGGGAACUAGACAGGGGAAUGUGUCCCUGUUGGUUCUGGUAGACCUCUCGGUGCAGGGGCGUAACAAGGCUGGAGUGGGCCCAGAGACAAAAUUUUAAAAUUGGCCCCUCACAGAUGCGUGCACACACUCCACAAUAUAUAGUCAUGUGACUUGCCUCAUGUGACUUGCCUCUGGGGGGCCCCUCGAGGCCUGGGGGCCCCCAGGCAGCCGCCUCCCCUUGCCUAAAGGUAGUUACGCCCCUGUCUCGGUGGCAUUGGAUACCAUCGACCAUGGUAUCCUUCUGGGCCGCCUCUCGACUAUGGGAAUCGGAGGUACUGUGUUGCAGUGGUUCCAGUCCUUUCUUGGGGUGAGAGUCCGGAAGGUGGUGCUGGGGGACUACUGCUUGGCUCCGGGGCCACUGGCCUGUGGGGUCCUGCAGGGUUCAAUCAUCCCCCAUGCUGUUUAACAUCUAUGUGAAACCGCUGGGAGAGGUCAUCCGGGGACGUGGACUGAGUUGUCAGUAAUAUGCAGAUGACACUCAACUCUAUCUCUCCUUGUCACCUGACCCUAGGGAGGCGGUGGAUGUCCUGAAUCGGGGGCUGGAGGCCGUGAUGGGCUGGAUGUGGGCUAAUAAACUGAAAUUGAAUCCAGACAAGACGGAGGUACUGUUGGUCAGCAGGAGAGCCAAUCGGGAUGAGGAGAUUUUACCAGUUCUGGAUGGGGUUGCACUCCCCUUGAAGGAGCAAGUACGCAGCUUGGGGGUACUACUGCACCCAGCUCUGCUUUUGGAAGCUCAGGUGGAGGCGGUGGCCAGGGGUGCCUUUGCACGGCUUCGGCACCAGCUGCGUCCCUUUCUCGAGAAGGCAGAUCUGGCCACAGUUACCCAUGCCUUAGUCACAUAACAGCUGGAUUACCGUAGUACUCUACGUGGGGCUGCCCUUGAAAAAUAUCCGGAAACUACAGCUAGUGCAGAAUGCGACAGCUAGGGUUUUAUCUGGAGCUGUCCGGUAGGAGCACAUCACACCCAUUCUGAAAGAGCUGCACUGGCUGCCAGAUUGUUUCCGGGUCCAAUUCAAGGUGCUGGUUUUGACCUUUAAAGCCCUUAACAGUUUGGGCCCGGGAUACUUGAGGGACUGCCUGCUCCCAAGGGUUGCUGCCCGCUUGACAAGGUCAUCUGAGGGGGCUCUGCUCCGGGUGCCGACAAUGAGAGAGGCUUGGUUGUCGUGCACUCAGGACAGGGCCUUCUCUGUUGCUGCCCCCAGACUCUGGAAUGAUCUCCUGGUGGGUAUCUGCUCCUCAGUCUCCAUCACAGUUUUUAGAAAGCAUGUCAAAUUGUGACUUUUUACCCAGGCUUUUAUAUUAUUGUCUCUGCUGUCUAUCUAAUGGGGAUUCGAACUCGGCCCUCCACAGUUCUAGUCCAACACUCAAACCGCUACACUAUGCUCAUGAAAGUGGGGAGGGGUGUUACUUGUUUUGUAGGACCUUCAGUGAUUAUGACAUGAACUGAUAGUUGCUGUCAUUCAUUCUUAUUUAUUUCAUUUAUUUAUUGUUAGAUUUGUAUAACGCCUUUCAUUAAAACAAUCCCAAGGCGGUUUACACAAAAAUUAAAAACAAGACUUUGGUAAUCUAUGACAUUGGUACCGUUGGCACUUAAAAAGGUGUAGAAGCCACACAGGUUUUUGCAGUUAGUAACGUGAAGACUGAAGAGACCAAAUCCAAAGGCCAGAUUCAGGAGGGAAACCCCAUGCUUAUUCAACACUUCAUCUAAGGAGGUCCAGAGGAGAUACCACAAAUCCUCUUACAAGAAUUGCUUGGGUUGAAAACAACUGUAUCAAGGAUUGAAUUGAGGAGUCAGAUCUUCCCACCCUAGCUCUGGUCUGGACUUUCAGAUUUUGCAAGACCUUUUACAGGCCUUCUUUCAAUCACCAUCCCUAAGGGGCAUUCUAUGCAUGCUUAGAAAGCUGGGACAUUCUUUUCCCCCCUUGUUGGUUGCACAAUAAUACUUUUCCAGUACACUGGACUUCCUGAGAUCCAGCACACACACACACCUGUUUCUGCAUUGGACACCCCUUAAUAUAUCUUUAUAUUUCAAUUUUUUUAAUGCUCAUACAUAAUACAUUUCUUCCAAGCUGUGAAAGCCAGAUCUUGUAGCAGUGAGUUCCACAAGUUAAUGAAGGUUUGCAUGGGAGAAGCCCUUCUUUGGUAUUUCUGAAUCAGUUUUAUUCUAAGUUCCAAUAUGAGCAGGAUAGAAAUGUAAAAACAAACAAACACAAAAACACAACCCACCAACAUGGUUGAACUGUUGGGGGCCAGAAAGGCCUAUCUAUAGCAAAUCCCCUAGAGAUCUCCCAGUAGAUCCCAGUUUGCCUGCCUCUUCUCUCUAAACUGUAUUUAUUAAUUUGCAAUAGACAGUCCUGCAAUGGCUUCAAAAAUGAACUGACCACAACGUUUGUGGUUAAGGCUGCUUAAUGACAUGAAUGCUUGCAGGUUUAGUGAUCUGAUGCAAUUCUACUCAGGACUGGAGGAAAUACACAGCCCAGAGAGAGGGGCCUGGGGGGGGGGAUGUGAUGAGAUUGCAUUCUACACACCUUUACCUGGGAGUAAGACCAUUGGAGUUAAUAGGGCUUGCUUUUGAGUAAACCUACCUUGGGCUGUAAGGAAAAAUGACUGCCGUGGUCUUAUUCAUUUAUAAAGACACACCCCUCUCCAUCAUGCAUUAUCAAUCAAACUUCCUAACAGAGCUCCUGUUACUAACCACGCAAAUAGCCGUCAUGCAUGCACAAAGGCCAGAAGAGCGCAAUUUUUUAGUCCAAAAUGGCACUCGGAACAGUCAGAACAUUCUGACUCGAGAUGGGGUCAUUCUAUUCCAUACUCAGAACAGGCCCUUCAUUCAAAGGGCAUUCUGUUCCGAGGUCGGAACAUUCAGGGACACUCCGAGGUUGGCCCUUUUUGAGGCAGAACAUUCCGACUCAGCAAUGUUCUGCCCAUCCCUACAAUCCAGUAAUCAUCUUACCGAUGGCAGAGAUCAUACCUUUUUCCUCACUUCUACAGUCCCAGAGUUACUGGUUAUCCUGGUAGAUAAGGUCUGCUCUCUGCAGCUACUUCUUCUCUGGCUGAUUGUUGUGCCUAAAUUGGUCCUUAUUUAAUAGGGUGGGUUUGAAUGUCAUCAUAACCAAUCUCAGCAUAUCCUAACCUAGAAAGGAAGAAGGCACUCGCACAUGGAUGGGAGCAGGGAGUGCACUCUCCCAGGGCUGAGGAAGAUUGCAUGGAGCUCAACUGCAACCAAGGUUCGGUGCAAUGUCUGAACCCACCCUUUGUGUGCACAUCUCCUGCCACUCUGUGCCAUUCCAUCCUCCCAUGUGGGAUUUAAAUCACAUAGGCUUUAUAGAAAGAGAUAGGUGUAGUUGGUGCAGAUGGAUGGGUCUGACUCCGUAUAAGGCAGUUUCCUAUGUUCCUAUGAAGGUGCAUGCAUGUGGCUCGACACGCGUAUGGCUCAACACGCAUGUGAUGGGAUCUGUGCUGUCGGUGACUGACCAGGAGAGGGGAUCUUGGGGUCAUGGUGAACAGCUCAUUGAAAGUGUCAACUCAGCUGUGAAAAAAGCCAAUUCCAUGCUAGUGAUCAUUAGGAAGGGGAUUGAAAAUAAAACUGCUAAUAUUAUAACGCCCUUAUACAAAACUAUGUUGCAGCCGCACCUGGAGUACUGUGUACAAUUCUGGUCACCACAUCUAAAAAAGGACAUUGUAGAACUGGAAAAGAUGCAGAAGAGGGCAACCAAGAUGAUCAGGGGCCUAGAGCACCUUUCUUAUGAGGCAAGGCUACAACACCUGGGGCUAUUUAGUUUAGAAAAAAAGAUGACUGCAGGAAACAUGAUAGAGGUCUAUAAAAUCAUGCAUGGUGUGGAGAAAGAAAUUGUUUGUUUGCUAUUUCUCUGUGUAAACCGCCCUGAGUGAUUUUUGGAAGGGCGGUAUAGAAAUUGAAUAAAUCAUCAUCAUCAUCAUCAUCUCGUGGGCCACUGUGUGAAACAGGAUGCUGGACUAGAUGGGCCUUGGGCCUGAUCCAGCAGGGCUGUUCUUAUGGCAUGUGCAUGCAUGCAUUGAUGAAGAGUGUGAUAUGUAAGGAUAGAUAGGCUCAUGGGUGAAUGAAAGGUAUAAUCGUGUCUGCUUCGGCAGUGAUCUUUGGUAUUUAGCUCUUGAGCCCUUUGGGGACAAUGAACAAUUUUCUCAUUCUUUUUGCUAUGUAAACAAAUUUGAAAACAUCUCCUUCUUCAAAGGACUGGGAUGCUACAAAUGUAUCUGCAUCUUCAUCUGUACAAUGUUGGAGGGUAUUAACCAAAUAUUACUGGUUUUAAUUUUGUUUUAAUCUUGAGGUCAUAUUGAAGUAAUAAUCUUAUAUAUUGCAUUUGGGAUUAUGUGUAGGCUUACUCGUCCUGUAAAAUUUAAGAUUCACCUCACUUGUAUUGUUUGCACUACUAAGCAAACAAGUAUGCUUGUACUUGACUUGUACAAGUAAAAAAAUAUAUAUAUACAGGUUGGAGUUUUACAGGUCUCUUCUACUUUGCAUGGGUUUGGGAUGUUCUCUGAUGGAUUCUCCUGAUUUGUGGUUUGGCUCACGUCCAUGAAUGUUAUUCUUUGCAUGAUCUUUGAGCUCUCUGUCAUGCAUUCAUUAAUCAUCCUCUGGGCUAGAAACUUUUGACAGGAGUGUUUCCCAUCUAUAAAAUGAGUCAUUGCCUUCCAGAAUGCCUACAUACUAAAUUCUUAAUAUUUUGCAUAUACAUAUGUUUGUAUACAUAAACUGAAGCUAUGAGCAACUAGUUGGGUUAUGAAUUCUUAGUUCUUGUUUUGUACUUGCAACACAGCAGGAGUUUGGAUUGUGUAAGGAUGAUCUGUGUGGGGUGAUGUUAUGCAUGGAUUUAGUGCUUGUAUUGGUGGCAGAUUAAGUUUUCAAGCUGAAAAUGAUCCACUUGACGUGUCUGUUUGUCAUUUGUUUUCAAGGUGACGGUUUACUGUAAAUUAAAAGACACAUAUUAUUCUC